GCCGUACUCGAUAUGGGGGUUGUCAAUGACACUGAGAAGUGUGCGAAUGAUGCUCGUGCGGGAAGGGUUCUUCGUGUAUUCCUCCGAUAAGCCAUCCGCUCGUUCCUCGCUUCUGGCUUAUCUCGGAGCAAUCCUGAUGUGGGCAGGAACGAGCCACCAGUUUGGUUCGCCGCCGGCUCGUCGUCAAGAAAGGAAACUCAGCCCUGCCUCUCCAUAAGUAGUUAGUCCCGCGGCAACUUUCUUCAUCUCUUCCCUCUUUCUCUCUCUGCCAACCACGCCUCCCUUCCCUCUCCUCCUCCGCCAUUUUCUCUGCAGCCAUCACCAGCAGCACUUGAUCCCUGGUGCUGCCGUGCUAUCGUGUGUAUUCCUUCUCUUCCCUAAAUCCCUCUAGCUCAUCUUGCGCCACACUCCUAUCCUUAUUGCCCUCCCGUUAUUUUUUGCCUUCUGGACACCUUUUUUGCUUUCGUCCAAUGUCUGUAGACUUCGAACCAAUGCUCGCUCGCUCUUUUUCAUUCAUGGAGCAUCCCAUGGAAAGCCCUUUCUUGAUGGACAACAUCGAGAGUGCGAUGGAUUAUCUUCAGUAUCCCCCUUCGCCUUCGCCCCCUUUCGGCUCUUCCUUGAAUGCAUCUGCGUCUUCUGGUGGCGAAUACGACGGCGUCAACCUUUCCCACCCGAUGGGCGGCGACCACACAUACACCGCUUCGCCUCAGCCGUAUAUGGGUGAGGAUCUCGGCAUCUCACCCCGCGCUAUGACCUACGCUGGCGACGAGGACCGAACCCUCUCUGGAAGACGCAGCCGCGCGUCCAAUGACUCUCCUCCGCCCUCCAUUCCCUAUGCAGCCACCGUCCCCCGUUCGUACCGUCAUGAUCCCAUUGGUGUUGCUACUCGGAGAAAUUCAACCGCGAGGAAGGUCCAGAAGGCAAGGAAGAGGAAGGCCAGCGAUGAAUCAGAUGAUGACGAUGACGAGUACCAGGUCUCUCCAUCCGCUGGAGGACCUAUGGAUAAGCAAGUCUCCUGUCGAGAAUCUGUUCGUCAACAGCGAAUCGAGUCUGAACAGAAGCGUCGCGAUGAGCUCCGCCGCAACUAUGAUCUUCUACGAGAUGUCCUGCCCCCAACCCAGCAGAGGACAAGCAAGGUUCAUCUGCUGUCAAGGGGUGAGUCACAUCUAAAUUAA